UGUGUUUUAGUUUGUUUGUUUCUUUAGUUAGGUUUGAUGGUUUUGCAGAGUAUAGGCGCAUUAAUGUAACAAAGUGAUAUUGUUUGAAAUGUUGCAUGCUGAUUGUUUUGAUGCAUGAAGAGCCAAAGAAACUCUGAGAAAGAAGCAGGUGUUGCUGUGGUGAUGUCAUUCAGGAUGGCUCCUCCUCUACCUUGGAUCUUUCUUCUCAUGAUUCAUGGGGUUUCUAGUGCUGACUGGGGUGUGAGUUACACUCCUUCACACAUCUGUGCACUACAUAACUCAUCAGUGAUAAUGAACUGCACUUAUACAUACCCUAAUGGAUAUAAGAUCGAGAAAGUGUUCUGGACUAAUACGAAAGAGAAAAAAGAUAAACAUGAAGAGUUUCCAGAUCUGUCUAAGGAUCCUGAAUACAGUCAGAGGCUUCAGUAUCUGGGAGACAAAGAGCAGAACUGCACCAUCAGACUGAGUCAUGUGACACAGAAGGACCAACACAUGUACUGUUUCAGAUUCAUCACUGAUAAACCUGAUGGAAAAUGGACUGGUGAUCCAGGAGUGACUCUUACUGUCACAGAUCUUCAGGUGGAGGCUCCUGAGAGAGUGACAGAGGGUCAUAAUGUCCGUCUGACAUGUAAAAGCAGCUGCACUCUGACUGACAGAGCAACAUUCAUCUGGUACAGAAACUCACAGCCAUUAACUGAGAGAAGAGACAGAAACAAUCAACUCCUGCUGCAGUCAGUCAGAAGAGAGGAUGCAGGCAGAUACAGCUGUGCUCUACAUGGACACACUUACAUCUCUCCUGCUGCUCAGCUCAAUGUCUCCUAUGCACCAAAGAACGUGUCAGUGUCUAUAAAUGGAUCAGGUGUAAUAGUGGAGGGAGAUUCAGUGACUCUGAUCUGCAGCAGUGAUUCAAACCCUCCUGCUCUGAACUUCAGCUGGUUUAAGGAGAAUCAAAGCUCAGCUGUUGGAUCUGGACAGAGUUUCAGUGCACUACAGAGUGGACGCUUCUACUGUGAGGCUCACAAUCAACAUGGAUCACAGAGAUCAGACGCUGUUACUGUCACUGGUGAAGAGCAUUACAGAUCCAGUUGGAGUGUAGUUUUUGGGAUUGCAGUGGAAUGUGGAGCGUCAUUAAUGCUUAUUACCAUCAUUAUCAUAAUCAUCCUGUUCAUAAUAAAGAAAAGAAGGAGUUUUAAAUCUGAAUACAUCACAAAGACGCAGACACCAUACUAGAGACCCCCAAAAGGUACCAUUCCUCAUCGGCUCACUCAAAUUCUGAGGGUGUGACAUUAUCCCAUCAUGAAGAUGCUGAGCUAAACAAACACUCUAAGCUUGAACCAAGCUUUUCAGUCUUGAUCUUUCAUUCAUCGAUAUCCUCUUAUUCGAGCUGGUCUUUCUCAUCAGCUCACUUCAGCAGAGACCAAAUUUAGCCCCAAAGUGCAUCAGGACUCUUUAUCAAACAGGCGAGACCUGCUGUGCAAGUAUCAGACUUAGUCUUAUUAACUGAUAGAAUAAGUAUCAUAUGCACCUUUGUAAAAUAUGCAUAUGAUACUUAUUCUAUCAGUUAAUAAUUUGAACUAAGAAACUGAUGUUUCCUUCAGGCUGUAGACCUCCUGAAUAUCAAAUUGUAUCAUACUGUAGCUUCAUGUCUUUAUUUCUCUUUUCUUUACUGCUGAAACUUUAAGCCUUUUUCCUAUCCAAACUGUAUGCAUGUGUGUGUAUGUGUGUGUUAGACUAGUUUAAUUUCUUAGGUAGUUAAUAAAGUUUUAUAUCACAUUUGAGGUCUUUUUUUGCUCAUAACUGAAGUCCCUAAUCAUGCAGAUUUUAGCUACAUGCUCUGAGUAGUAUUGUACAGUAAGAAACAGGAAAGUAAUGUUUUUAGAAUUUACAUACAGUUGACACUGAGAGGUCAAAUAAAUGCAUAUAGCAGAUCUAAAUACUUAUAACAAAUCAUAACUAGUUAUGAUUGCUUAUUCAUAUUUCCCCUUUGAGAUAAUUCGCUACAGCAGUUAUCUGUGUUUCAGACUUAUCAAAGUCUAUCAACAUAUUCCACAACAAAACAUUCAGAAACUGAUAUUUCUCUCUUUAAACGGAUAGCUGUCAGUAUGUGAAGUGUCCUUACAUGGUGUGACAAGAGAUUUUGGAAAUUAAAAAAUAUAUACAAAUACUAAUAUAUAUAUAUAGUCUCGUCAUAACCUGAACACAAAAACAAAUAGCACGAGCAGCAGAGUCCUCUUCACAAACAAAUUAAGUCCACUUAUGAAUCAUUUAAAAAACCUGAUGUCAGAAUGAUGCAAACAAAUAAAUCAUAAGUAAAAAUCUAUUUUGAAAAUAUGUAUUUAAUAUUGUGCUAUGAAUUUUAAUUAAUUUACCU